AUGUCGAACGACGCGCCUUCCAGCUCAACACGAAUGGAUGGCAUGACGUCGUCGCGAGAGCCAUCACAACCGCCUCGCGAAGGAUUGUUGCACAGCCUGGGCAGUGUUCUUUCUCGUACGCUGCCUUGGUGGUCCAAAUCACAGACAGGUGAGUCUGUUACAGGGCAUGAUGCCUCCACGGCGCACGGGUCUAUCAUGGCUGCCUCGCCAUCGCAUUUGCCCUCGCGGCAUGCACGUGCUUUGCCACGGCCUAUGCUCUCGUCGACCCACGCGGAGACAAAUGGACCGACACGCAAGGCCAUGCACUCCAUGCCGUCGUCACUGCGGCCUACCGCGCCCACAUCCUCGCUCUUAUCGUCUCGGAGCAAAUGGGGCAGUUUAAAUUUGGCGCCAGCGCCAUCUUUGUCGCUGGCUUCUGAGAUGCCUGCGACGCUGCAGAAGAGCACUUCAGCAGCUCAACCAUCCGUGUUGGGCAAGCGUGAUGAGCCGAUGCAUGAGUCCGACAUGGAGAUGGACAAUGACUCGCACUACGUGCCAUCGUCGCGGAAGCGUCGCAUGGUAUGGGACCCAGAGAUGGGCUUUGUGGAUGCUGAGGACUUGGCCGCUCGUCGCCCGCCGCCGCCGCCGCCACAAAACGAGGCUGAGCGCAUUCUUCGUGCGCUGGAAACCAUGCGUACGCCGUUAGGUGAUGCACGCCGUGAGCGACUUAUCAAGUCGCGCUCGCGUUCAUCAUGGCACUUGACGUCGAUUCCUGUCCCGCUGCCUACGCCGGAGCGCGAAGGUGUCUUGUCUUCGUCACGUCUACGUGCACCGGCUUUCCGCAGCAUUGCACCGCAUUCCCGCGCUCUGCAACGGUCGCAACAGCUGCGUCAGUCGCAAGUGGGUCUGCAGCCCAGUAUGCGCUCCAAGCUUCGGCAGACUAUGAUGACCAAAGAUACCCUGCAUGACCAAAUGGAAGAGGCACGCAUUGAUCACGAGUUGGGCUUGGCUGACGAUGAUGAGGCAGAACCUGUGCGCCACUCGAAGCGUGGUGCAGCCAAGGCCAAAUUGAGCCCUAAGGCAUCGCGAACGAAGAUGCCCAAGACGGAGGAGCACAAUGCAAAGCCGACCACGCAGGCAUCGUGUGUGGCAGAGGCCGCGGCGCCGGCGCCUCCUACCGCCCCAGCGAAGCGUGAUAAGUUUGAAGUGCGGCCCAAUGACAAGCCGUUGGAGAAGCGGUCUGUUCUGCGUCAGGGCGCUGCAAAGACGUCUCGUCGUCAUGCUCCUACAGGUCGCAUUACCGCUUUUGAUGACGAGGACGACGAGGACGACGAGGAGCCGAUGCCCAGUGGCGAGGAAUUGGCCAAGAUCAAGUUGCCGCAGACCAUGUUCCCUUCUGAUUUCCGAUUCGAUACGGCGCCUUCGGACGCUACGCCAGCGCCGAAGCCUAUAUCGACACCAGCACCAGAAACGAGUAAGAAAGACACGACUCUGUUGGAUCGUCUUGCGCCAUCGACUCAUACGGUCACAACGACGCCGAUGAAGGAGCCCGCCCCGGGUGCCGUCCGCUUCGAUGCCAAACCGGCCACGGAGCCUGUGCAGCCCGCCCCGUCGUCGUUCUUUGCCACUGCACCGACCAAGACCACUUUGGAUACGGAGAAAAAGUCGGGACCGAUGCCCGACUUUUUCGGUGCAGCCAAGGCCAUCGAGUCGAAGUCCACUGGGCUGGGCCUCGCUGGUGCGUUCAGUGCGGCGCCCAAGCCUACAUCGGAGACCAAGCCUGCGUCGAGCUUCUCGUUCAGUCAGCCGACCACCGAGACGGCGAGCGACAAGAAACGUGACCGCGACGAGGACGAACCUGCAGCCAAGCGCCCUGCGUCGCAAUUGAAUGCGGCAGCUGCGCCAUUCUCGUUUAGCAAGCCAUCGUUGAACGCCGACGCAUCGUCAUCCACGCCAUCGUUCUCUUUCGGCGCUCGCUCGUCGUCCGGCGACAAGUCAGACGAUACGCCGGCGACGAAGAAACCAGCUUUUUCGUUUGGCGCUCCGCCCGCGGAGAAAGACAAGUCGACGACCAGCAGCGAGAAGGAUGCACCAAAAGCAGCUCCCUUCUCGUUUGGAACAACGAGUAGUGGAUCGUCCAAAGAGAGCGAGAAGCCUGCGCCGUCCUUUUCGUUCGGUCCGCCAGCCACUAGCGAUACGUCAACGGCUGCGCCAACGAGCCAGCCACCUGCCUUUGCGUUGGGCAGCACGGCCGCCGGUGAGAAGAAAGAGACGCCGACGUUGAGUUUUGCGCCGCCUAAGGCGGACGAGGCGGCGAAAGACAAGCCAUCGUUUUCGUUUGCAUCGUCGUCAGAGAAGAAAGAGGACAAGCCCACUUUCUCGUUUGGCGCACCGCCCGCCAAAAAAAACGAGGAUGCAAAGCCUGCGCUUUCGUUUGGCUCGGCGCUAGAGAAGAAGGACAAGCCUGCGUUCUCGUUUGGAUCCGCUUCUGACAAGAAAGCGGAGAGUACGCCUGCGGAAUCGACGCCGGCCUUGUCGUUUGGACAGCCCACGGCGAAGAUCGACGACAAGCCGACGGGGGGCGCGACGACAGAAGCCAAAGCGAUGCCCUCGUUCAGCUUCGGUGCCGCGGAGAAGAAGGACGAGAAGCCGUCGUUCGGUUUUGGCACAGCAGAGAAGAAAGACGACAAACCUGCGUUUAGCUUUGGUCAGCCUACCGACAAGAAGGACGACAAACCGGCGUUUAGUUUCGGGACGUCUACGGACAAGAAGGACGACAAACCUGCAUUUGGUUUUGGCGCGCCAGCAGAAAAGAAGGACGACAAGCCGGCAUUCAGCUUUGGUGCGGCGAGCGACAAGAAAGACGACAGGCCUGCUUUUGCGUUUGGCGCUGCGCCCUCUGCCGAGAAGGCCUCGUCGCCUGUCACGUUUGGCCCGCCUUCUUCGACGUCCACGUCAACGCCGACAGAGCCGGCGGCGGCCAAGCCCCCUACGUUUUCGUUUGGGCCACCGUCUACGCCUUCGGCGACCCCGGCGUUUGGCAGCACUUCGACGACGGCGCCCACGACAGGCUUUGGCUUUGGCAAGCCGGAGACCUCCACACCCAGUGCUCCGACAUUCUCGUUCGGCGCUCCAGGAGCAUCAACGGCACCUGCGCCUGCUGCCCCAGCGGCCACGACGUCGUUCUCGUUCGGCGCUCCAUCGACGCCCGCGCCCAACUCGAUUCCCGCACCGACCACGACGUUCUCGUUUGGCGCGCCAGCGCCGGCGCCGGCACCGGCACCUGCGCCCGCCCCUGCAGCGCCUGCAUCGACAACGAGCUUCUCGUUUGGUGCUCCUGCAGCUGCACCCGCGCCUACGACGAGCUUCUCGUUCGGAAGUGCAGCGCCUACUGGUGUCUUUCAAUUCGGCGCUGGGGCUCCUGCUACGUCGGCACCAAGCUCGCCAGCGCCUACGACCACCUUCUCGUUUGGCGCGCCUAGCGCCGGGGCUGCAGCGCCGGCUGCGGCGCCUGGGGCAGCCACGCCUUUCACGUUCGGUGCAGGCAACCACUCCCCGGCCCCCGGCUCGCCAGCACCUUUCACGUUUGGCACGCCGCCGCCGCAGACGUCAAAUGAUAGCAAUCCCGGCGGCUUCUUUACUAUGGGCACAUCGCCCGCGCCCAGUGGCCGUCAGAUCAAACCACUGCGACAGCCACGUCGUCGUAACUAA